GUCCGCUCCCUAGUUCCCAUCUGUCUCUGGGUCCACAGCCAACGGAACGACACGGGGAUGAUCAAGAUGACGGACGCAUGAAACGUACAUGGGCACCUCAGAUGACGACGCCAGCCGAGUCCCACCUUCGUCUUCGCCUCCACCACCUUUUUUUUGUCAGCCUUUCUACUCGGACCUUGUGUCCCUCACCCCUUUAGCUUUUAUCUUUAUCUUUAUCUCUUUCGUUCUUCUUCCUCUUCUUCUUCUUGUGAUCCGAAUGAGCGCACCGAGCUUUGAGCUGUUGUUCGCGCCGCUUUUGUUUGGAGUCGUCUUGAACGCGAUGCUCUUCGGGGUGUUCUGUGUACUGGUGUAUUCGUAUUUUCAUCUCCACAAAGCCGAGCGCGGCUGGGUGCGAUAUCUUGUAUACUAUCUCGUGGUGAUGGAGGUCAUCAACACCAUGUGCGAUAUUGGUCUCAUCUACGAGCCUCUCAUUUCCCUCCAUGACAACCCACAAGUCACUGUCCGGUCACCGAAGCUAUUAGCAGCAGACCCGGUUGUUACGGCAAGUCCAGAGACAUUCCCUCUCCCACGUAUGCUGAGGGGCCGGCAGACGCUGAUAUCAACACCCACCCAACUAUUCAUGGCCUGGCGGAUCAAGCUGAUCACCAAAUCUAAAGCCCUCGGGGCAUGCGUCGCAUUUCUCGCGUUUCUCUCGCUCACGGGGGGCGUCUCGUCAUCGAUCGGUGUUGCGCAGAGCCCGGAUUUCAGUGACUUUCAACACCACCAGGUGCCGCUCACGCUGUGGCUCACCUCGACCGCAUUUGCGGAUCUGUUCAUCACGACGUUCCUAGUCAACUUCCUGUGGAAGCAUCAAACUGGAUUCCACACACGCACGGACUCGGUGGCUGACAAAAUCAUCUCGUUCACUGUCCAAACGGGACUCUUGACGUCCUUCGCGGCGAUUGCAGAUGUGACGCUCUUCCUCAUUGUGCCGCACACCACCUUGAUGUUCAUUUGGGACUUUUCGUUGUCUAAGAUGUAUUCGAUCUGUUUGCUUGCCGCACUCAACGCCCGGCACGAGUGGAAUAUUCUCCUCGACCGCCCACGACCGCAGGAUCUACGAGACGACAAAUCUGGGAUCAUCAAAAUCCGCAAAGUGGUCGGUCCAUCUGUGUUGAUCCCGCCCAGAGCCCUGUCUCCUGAUGCGCGUGCACACAGAACGACCUCGAAGGCCUGCAGCUGUACAAACCAGAGAACUUCUCUCAGUCCGCGCCGAUACCGCGUCCUGGCGCAGCGUCGACGAAGAGCAGCGCCACCCUCGUCUCGAAUUCGAGGUCCGCGAAGCAGCCUCACGCGGCGCGCGCCCACUCGCACAGUGCCCCGCCGCCGUCGUCAUCAUCUUCACGCUCUCGGUCGGGAGAUCCGAACCCACGAUCGCGCUCGGAAGCUGGAGGGAGGGGCGGUGAUUCUCGGCGCGCUCGCGACGACCGACGGCUGCCGGCUCUGCCAUCGGGCCGCUCGCGGACGGAGUCACCGCCGGAUACGCGCUCUCGGGGGUCUCAGCCUAGGAGGAUAGGGUAAAGGCGUGUGGAUUUUCCGGUUAAGGACCUUUGUAUGUACAUUAUGUAUACCUGGAAUUA